CCUCUGUCUCUCAUAUCACGCCGCCAUUGAUAAACAUUGGUUUUUUGUCUUGUAAUGUAUGGGGGCGAAGAGGUAUAAUGGGUAAUCUCUAAUUCCAAUUUCCAUCAUUACACAAAUUUUUAUAUCCCUAAAAAGUGAAAGAAACUGACUCUUUGCAGGAGAAAUAAAGCUUCACCCUUUUGCUUGCCCUACCCUAUUCUUCCUCAAACAGUUGAAUCUCUACCUUUCUCUGCUCUUUCCCCUAUUGGGUUUCUUUGACCUUGUUAUUCUCCUUCAUUUUUAAUUCGAUCCUUCAUCUCUUUUUCUUCUUUGCCUGGACAUACCCAUUUUCUUGAUAAGCCGAUUAUCUUUUCUCUUUGCCUUUGUCUUCUUCUCUUCUUCUUCUUCUUCUUCUUCUUCUUCUUCUUCUUGGUCUUUCUGUUUCUUUCGAAGUAUGUGCAAAACCCCUCUUUCUCCUUCAAUGGCUUCUCAACCGACAAACCCUAACUCUAACUCUAAAAUACUGAACCCUAAACCAUUAAACCCACAUGCUUCUCCUUUUCUGAAAUCAGAAGCAAAGAAAACAGAUUUGGCUUUGCCUUUAGAACCCUUUCUUCCUCACAAAAUUUCCACUCUUCAAUCGCAGCCGCUCCCACAACCACCAGUCAUGUCGGUGCCGUUAGCAGCUCAGGGUUUCCUUUACUAUCCCGAUUUUGUCUUUCAUCAACCCGCUCCAGCUUGGACAGACCCAGCUGCACCAACAGUGUACUAUAAUGCUCAAAAGCAGGCAUCGCAUGCUAAUAUGACGCCUUUCUGUACUGGGGCUGUGGGCAAGGAGCUGAUCUUGUAUAACGCUAUUGCACAACCUUUAGGGACCUACUCUGGGUUUUAUGAUCCUAACUGUGAUUUACAAAAGGACUCUAGUGCUGGUGAUCAGACUGUGCAAACGAGGAUUACGGGUUUUACUAAAUAUGGGGUAUUGGGUUGUAAAGAGAAGAGGAUGUUCAAUAGAAAUGGCAAAAAGCUUCGUCUCGCACCACCGAGAUUAAGGCUACAGAGAAGUGCUAAAAUGGAAUCUUAUGCAGAGGGAUUUUGGGUACCCAAAAAACAGAAGUCGGAUAAGGAGUUUGAACAUGUUGGUUCCCAGACUUCUACUACUGUAAUGAAGAAGAAAGGAGACUCUGAUGGUGCUCUAGUUGCUUCUGUUGCUGACAGAGAUGAAGUAAACCAUGAAGGAAAAACUAGUCUCAUGAUAAGAAAUAUUCCGAACCAGUUCGAAAGGCACGAUCUGCUGCGUAUUCUGGACAAACAUUGCCUUGAGGAGAACAGAAAGGCCAGGUUACAGUCUGAUCCCGUUAGGUCUGAGUACGAUUUUCUUUAUUUGCCAAUGGAUUUUAGGAACCGGGCAAAUUAUGGUUAUGCCUUCGUUAACUUCACGAAUCCAGUUGCUGCUUCAAGGUUUUGGAAGAGCUUCCAUAAAUAUGAAUGGCCUGUUUAUGUUAAUAAGAAAAUUUGUGAGAUUUCUUGUGCUGUUAUUCAGGGAAAAGAUGCGUUGAAGAACCACUUCAGGAACUCGGUUUUUUCUUGUCACACCAAUGGAUAUUUACCUGUAGUUUUUUGGCCACCAAGGGAUGGCCAUGUCCGCUCCAAGAUCAUCUUAGUUGGUAGACGUGCUGCAGCCGCAUCACCACCGCCACCACCAAGAGGCCCAGCGAAUUAGAAAGCUUGAAACAAGAAAUUUUUCCAUCUGAAAGAUUAAAGAAGGUGGUAGCUUUUGGAUUCUUGGAUUUGGUGCGGAGACUAAUAGUAACUUUUUAGGGUUAAUGAUUGAAAUAAUGUUGUAAAGAGUGUCUGUCGUAGCCUGUGUUUGCAUUAUCUUCUCAGAUGGUGCUGGAAUGGAGGUGCUACGUGGCAGAUUCUGCGGUGAAAUGGGAACACGGGGUAGUGACUGUCAAUUGGUACUAAUAGAUGGGUUAGGGAUUAGUGAUCGUGUGUGGGUGAUUGUAGUCCUCUCUCUGAGUCUGUAGGUUUUCUUACUGGAAAUUAAAAGUUGGUCCUGUGUUUUCAUUAUCUCCCCAGUAAGUUGGGAUUAGUGCAAAGUCUGGGGUGAAUUGGAAACAUUGGUUUAGGUUUGGUUUAGCUAAGGAUUUUGUAAAAGAGCACUACACCCUAAUACAUGUGUUGUAAUUUAAUAUAUAUGAUGAUAGCUUUAGUGGUUUCUACUCUUAUGAUUUUUAUGUAUUGCUGA